AUGAGUGGAAAAGUCAUAAAAAGCUUAAAACAAUUGUGUACCAAUGCAAAAUCUGUUAGUUUAACACUGAAUCUAUGGUCUGAUCAUCGACUGCACAGUUACUUAGGAAUCACGAUGCAUACCAUUAUUCAAAAUGAAUUGCAUUCAUAUCCGUUAUCCUUUGAACGAUCAAAGGGAGGACACAUUGCAAUCAAUAUUUUGAGCGAAUUUCAUAAAGUUGUAAAAUUUUAUGAAUUAGAGAAUAAACUGGUGAGAAUCGUGACGGAUAAUGCGAGUAAUAAUAUGGCUGCAUUUGAUAACCUAAUAUUACCCGGUUUCGAUGAUUAUUUUAAUAAUACUGGUGGUCUUGAUGGGACUGACAAUGACUAUCAAUUAUCAUUAACGACAGCAGCAGCUACAACAACAGACAAUCAAGACUGGAACGAUGAAGAAGGCGAGGAAAUAGAGAUGAAUAGUGGAGACGAGAAGGAUAUUGAUAUUGAAUGGGAAAAAUCUGGAUUCAUUAGCAAAGAUAGCCUUGUAGUUAAUCUUCCCGAUCAAGAUUUUGCUCUUUUUGGUAAUAUUACAGUUAAUGGAUAUUUGCGCAUCCCAUGCUUCGCACAUACGCUUCAGUUGGUGAUACAUGAUGGUAUUUAUAAUUCCAAACCAGCCUUCAAUGCAUUAAAAAAGGUAGCUGCUAUUGCCAAAUUUAGUCGUACAAGUUGUGUAUUUGCUGAGCGGUUGGAACUUACCAAACAAUCAAUACCAAUAGCAACAGUUGCCAGAUGGAUUUCUCAAUUUUAUACGAUCAAAGCUGUUUAUAAUGUAUCACAAUCGGAACUAAAUAUCAUCUUGAAUGAUUUGAACAAAAGUGAAAUGAUUUUGACUUCAGCCGAUAGACGAGUACUAAGUGAAUUUAUUCAGUUAUUAGAACUGUUUGAAGAAGCAACUACUCAUGCACAAGGAGAAACUCAUUCCACCAUUAGCUGUGUUGCCCCAAGCAUUUUAUCAAUUUUUCAUUUUUUAGAUAUUCAAAAAUGUGUUUAUUUGGGCAAGUUGAGAGAAAGUUUGUUAACAUCAAUAAAAGCAAGAUUUAGUGGAUUAUUAAGACACUUUCAUAUUGAUGUUCCAAACAAUCAACACUCAAUGUCGGAACGAUUUUCCGAUCCGAUAUUUCUUAUUACGCCUACAUUAGAUGCUCGUUUUAAAAUGCAUUGGCUAAGUACUAUUGGUUUAACAGAUGAUAUUAAAGACACUGUGAUAGAAAAAAUACGAACACUCAUUAACUUGGCGGAUAGUCAAGUUUUACCGAAAGAUAGUGAAGGAGAAAUAGAGACCGUAGGACAAGAGUUGGCUAAUAUUAAUUCUCCAGUCAACGGCAAACGGAAAAUUUCAAAACUGUUUCCAUAUUUAGCGAAACCGUCAAAAAGAAUCUUAGGUACAACUUCGAGUAUUUUGGAGGAGUUAGAAAGUUUUCUAAAAGAAGAAGCAAUGGACAGUAAUCUUAUAUUAGUUAAACAGCGGUUGUUUCCAAGUUUAGCUACAUUAGCUCUCAAAUAUUUUACAGUACCCGCGACGUCAACAUCAGGAGAAAGAAUCUUCUCAUAA